GUUACGGGGGUCCUAGUGUUCAUGAAUACGCUUCGUAGGAAAUGAAGUGUUGCAAGCUAUGCUCUGCAGAAUUAUGCGUUUGUUAAUGUUUACGCCUAAGGCAAACUUUGUAUUUCAGGGUACGUUUUUUAAGAUUUGCAACACACUUCUUUCCAGACAGUCUUCUAAAAUGGCCUCCGAUUCCCAGUGGUUGUCGCCAGGAGAGAGGGAACAGCUGCUGCUAGAGCUGAAAGCCACAGGUUGGGUGGAAGUGGAAGACCGGGAUGCCCUGUACAAAGAAAUGAACUUCAAAUCCUUCAAUCAGGCUUUUGGAUUCAUGACUCGAGUGGCUUUACAGGCUGAGAAAAUGAACCACCACCCAGAAUGGUUUAAUGUUUAUAACAAGGUUCAGAUAACACUGACCACUCAUGACUGUGGUGGACUCUCAAAGAGGGACAUUAAACUGGCCAAAUUUAUUGAUAAAGUGGCUCUCACUAUGUAACAUUAUGAUUUAAUCUCAGUUUUAUAUGAGCAAAUGUAAUCUGGUAAUAUUAGAUCAUCUGGAAAUUGUGCGAUUUUGAAGCAGAAUGUUUUUUUUUCAGAAAAACAGAAUAUUUUUCUUCCUCUGCUUAUAGAUUGUUUUAGUUGAUCCCAUUUUUUCCACAAAAAUAUUUAACAAGUAAAAACAUGACAAAGCAAAGGCUUUGAUUGUGAAGUCUUUUGGGAAAGCAGUAAAUGUUAUUUAAGUGAGAUAAACUGCUCUUACCUGCAAAGUUCUUUUCUAUUUUUAUUUUAUUACAUACAAUCUACUGUGAGUGGACUAGAAAAAAUUAGGACACCUCUGUUUCUCUUCUUGCAAAUUUAACUGGAAUGUUGUUUAUAUAAUUAAUAGAUAUUUUAAGUAUUUUAUCAUCUCUGAUGGCUUAAUAUCACAAAGUACCCACUCUACAAUGUAUGAUGUACAAAUGAAAUGCAAUACUUCACAGCAAUGUGAACACAAAUAAACCUUUUUUAUUUUUUUGUAA